GGACACAAUUUUGGUUCUUGAGAAUCCCACGAAAUCCCUUGUCUGAGUCUUUUUGGGUGAUCAGUGAGUACUAGAGUUUGGUGGGAGUCAGGCAAAGGAACAGGUAGAGACUUUUAUUGCACCACCAUCACCCCCAGCUGUGUAGUACUAUUUCACUAAACCCCUCAAAACCCAUCAUCCAAUUCAAAAUUUCAGAUAAAUGUCCUUUUCCUUCUCCCUCUUUACUUAAGCACGCCAUGAAGAUACAUACACGCAUAAGGGGACUUUGUGUGAUUAAACUCUAGGUGAAUUUAAGAGGACCCCACUUGCUAGUAUUUCAUACUCAUCUAAAUAGUUGUGCUAAUUAAGCUAUUUGUUUGUUUUGUUUUGUUUAUGCAUCUUGAAUUGAUCGGUGUGUGCAUUAAUUUGUACAAUUGUGCAACAGCCUAACACAUCCCACGUGGCUCAUACAUUUCCUAGAUUUUCAGCUUGCUAUUCCCAGCAUCAUGUGAUUAAACAGGCUCUAUGGUUUUUUAAUAUUUGGAUCCACCAUUCCUCUUUUUGGUGUCAUCAUUAUCAUCAUUGUAAUCUAACCAAUACUAUAAUGCUUUGCUUUGUUUUGCUACCCCUCUUCCUCUCCUGUCAUAGCCUCUCCAUCAAAUGAUCAAUCACUUAACAGCUGCCUCCCACUGCCCGUACAUCUUGUAUCUCUCCUUUGUGGGAAUUCACUGUGAGUAGAUGCUACUAACACAUCUUUAAGGAGCAUCAUUCAUCAUUGUUUUUUUUUUUCUUUUGUGUUCAAUGUGGAAAAGUGCUUUAACUAAACAGCUGUGAAGGCUUGUCACUGAAAUAAAGCACUGCAUUAAGGCCAAGCCACCACUCUCCUCUUUUCCAUUGGUGGAUCUUUUUUUCUCUCUUUUAAUAGGAAAUCAUUGGUAUGAGUUUCAGCUUUGCUGAUCCUUCUGCGGCUCUGCCAAUCUCUAUUAGUAUUAUUAGACCCUUUUGAUAUAUAAAACCUUCAAUUACAAUGCUUUACUUCCUUAUAUCUUUUGUCUCCUUUCUCAUCCUUUCCAAGUCCUUCACCAGUAAGCCUUUCUCAUCAGGGGAGAGAGGGAUCAAAUUAGGGUCAAUUGGGUUUUGGGGGAGCCUUUCAAGUUGGUUAGUUUCUAGGCUCAGGAAAGGAAGCACAAGCACCCGUUUUAGUUUUCUUCAGUUUUCUCUUGACAUGUCAUUGAAAAAUAAUAGUUUAGUGUCUAAGGGGGAGAAUGAGGAAGAGGAGGUGAAGGUUUCUCUCUUGGAUUUGCCCGAUUUGCCAUUGGAAUGCAUCCUUGAGCACCUUUCACCAGCUGAAUUAUGCAGGGUGGCAACAGUGUGCACAUCUCUUAGGGAUAGAUGUAGGAGUGAUCAUUUAUGGAAGAAACACAUGGAGAGGAAAUGGGGUAAGGUGUUUGGUGAUGCUGUUUAUAGGCAAUGGAAAUGGCAGGUAGCUUCCAAGACCAGAGAAAAGAUCUCCUCCAACCAGCACAAUCAGAAAGGAAUAUUUGCUUUCCUUAAUGGUGGUUUUCUACCCCUCCUAUGGAUCAAAGCAAAAUCAGAAAAGGGCACACAGUCAAAUAGCUCAUUAUCAGAAGAUUCAAUCGCAGCUCUAUAUCUUUCUCUUGAAAGUGGCAAAUUUUGGUUCCCCGCUCAAGUCUAUAACCGUGAGAAUGGUCAUGCUGGAUUCAUGCUCUCAUGUUAUGAUGCCCAACUUUGCUAUGAUUCUCGAUCUGACACUUUUCUGGCAAGGUACUCACCUCAUGGCAGAUGGACAACUGAGGAAAACAUACAAUGGGACCGGCUGAGAGUGCCACCAAUAGCCUCUUCUCCACAUGCUCUUCACAUAUCUGAUUGUUUGGAUGACUUGAGACCUGGAGAUCACAUUGAGAUUCAGUGGAGAAGAAACAAAGAGUUCCCUUAUGGUUGGUGGUAUGGUGUCAUUGGUCAUUUGGAACAAUGUCAAGGACAUGGGAACCAUUGCCAUUGUCAUUACAGUGAUAUGGUGAUUUUGGAGUUCACACAGUACAGUGCUGGAUCCAGAUGGAGACAAACCGUGAUAAACAGAAAGCAUCAUGUAGAAAAAGGCAAUGAAAUAGAUGGUUUUUAUGGAGGAAUCAGGAAGCUGCAUAGCAAGGAAGAAAUUACAAGGUGGAAGAACCUCUGGCCAACUAAAAUUGUGAUACAUAACUGAUUUGAUAGCUUAGAAUUUUUGUAAAUUAAGCAGUCACCCUUCCUAAAAUGAGAAGGAUUACUUUGUCACAGAACGAUGUCAUUCCUAACAAUUGGAAUAAACUUGGAAAGAGUGCAUGGAGGAUUUUUCAGAGGCUGUAACAUGUGUACCACGACAUAACAAUUAGUGUAUAUGUUGCAGUUUUCUUAUACGUGUCUAUAUAUAAUAUAUAGAAGAACAUUGGUGCAUAGUGCA